AUGGGCUAUCAUCAAAAGUCAUCUCUAAGAAAUAUUUUCAAGUUUUUGGAGCCUCCAGAGUCCAAUGACAAGCUGGAUGGUCUAAAGAGCAGGGUCAAGUUCAAGAUCAUGAGCUUGAAAGUAAAAGGUGACAUGGAUUAUGUACCAGAGCUGUUUGAUGAGCAAAGGGAUCAAGUUGCAGUUGAACAGAUUCUGCGGGUUAUUUUCCUGGAGCCUGAUCAUCUUACCCCUGCACUCGAAAAAUUGAAUCGUCAACUAGCUGAGGCUGAGGCUAAGCUUGAGGUAUGCAAAAGGCCUCCUCCAGAGGACAAAGGUCUAAGAGUUCUUGGGGAAGGUCUUGUCUUUGAUGAAUGGAAGGAAAUGAGGGAAAGAUAUCUUGCAAGACAACUGGUCAAAGGAGUUGAUUCAAUAUAA